AUAUAAUAAUGCAAAAGUGGACUUCAACUACCAGCAUGCAUCGCUUCUGUUCGACCGCCAACCCCGUGGCACACGUCAUAACGUCGCGCAGAAUAUGGCGGCCGCAAGUGCAGUGAAAACAAAACAACAGAUGAUUUGGAGACAAAUUCUGUUAAAACAUUCAUGAUUUGGACUUAAAACCUCAAAAUGUCGGACUCAUUGGAAACACAAACUCUUCAGGAUCGACUGGACCGUCUUCAGGAGCUGACAGACUUCACAGAAAACUGCAAAAAGCAGCUUAACGAUGUAUUUGAAACCCUGGGAUGGUCGAAGGACUACAAACAGGAUGCAAUGGAGCAGUGUCCCUACGACUCCAACCACAGAGUCCCGGUGACGAGCAUGGAGAAACACAAAGCCUCCUGCAGCCGCCGAAAGAUGGGCUACUCCGCUGAGGAGGAGGCGGAGAUGUUCGAUCCUUCUGUGUGUUAUGAGAACAACAGUGUCAGAAGCUUUACGAUGGACAAACUCACCCAGCACCAGGUGAUCCUGCAGGCCAGGUCUGCUGCACCGCUGAUGAGGAUGGAAGGAGUCUUCUGGCAAGGUCAGUACUCCGGCCAGCCUGUCGACGUGCCUCAGAACCACAAGCGCGCCGUGUGUGACCUCACUGUGGCCGACCGAUUGGCUCUGUUCGAUCACGUGGUCAGCCAACGGAAGGAAGCGGCGUCCUCCAGCAACGAGGAUCUGUACGUGGACCUGGUGUCCAAACUCCAGAGGGAUGAAGAGCAGAACGAACCGAAGACUCACCUGGAGCUGAUGGCAGAGAUGAGGGACUACAAGAGGCGGCGUCAGUCUUACCGAGCCAAGAACGUUCACAUCACCAAGAAGUCCUACACCGAGGUGAUCCGAGAGGUGAUCAACGUCCACUCGGGAGAGCUCACCAGACAGUGGAGAGAGGAAGAGGACGAGGAGGAGUCGACCAGGUCUGAACUCUCGUCCCACAGGCGCCAGCUGGAUGAAAAGCGUUCGGCGUCGUCAGACUCUCGUCACAGCCGACGCCGUCGCAGCCGAGAACGAAGCCCAGACAGAGAAAGCAAGAAGAAGAGGAAGAAGAGAGAGAGGGAUUCCUGCUCCCCGGACGAACACCACCACCACCACGACCGGAAGAAGAAGAAGAAGAAGAAGAGAGAGGAAAGGGAGAAGGAGAAGUGAUGAGGUCACACGUCAAAAAGUUUCAACUUCAUAAAUGAGGGCAUUUUGGAAAGAAAUAAAGUUUUGGGAACCAACAACAUACAUUUUGAACUUUUUUUUGUUGUAAUUUAAAUGACAUGUUUGCCAAUUUUGAACAGGCCCCGCCCCUGCCUCUGCCUGAUUGGCUGUGAGUGGUUUUCAACUACAGACGACAUGGAAUGUUGGACAGGAGUGUCAUAGCUGGCACACUUUCACCACGGGGUCAAAGGUCACUCUUGUUUUAGGCUUAAACUGAAUUAAAGUGCGUCUUCAAGUGUUUACACAAGGUUUCUGCAGUCGUUGAGAAAGUCUUUUAAUUUGAAAUUUUGGUUUCUGAAGUCUUGUGACUGGCAAUGUUUUAUUCUGAAAUCCAUUAAAUCAAUAGAUGCUUAAAAUGUGCAGGUCAUCAUUUUAAUAAUACAUAUAAUCAUACUAACUUCAUGUAGUAAUGAUAAUAAAAAUAAUAUAAUAUA